AUGGAAGUCGAAACCGGAUUUGUCGUCGGCGGGGACCUCGCAAGAAGGGAUAGCGUCAGCAGCGACCGGACGUUGCCCGCUGCGGAGGGCAACGACGAGGUUCCCGCCGUCGCCGCAACUGUCCCACGACAGAAAGUCGCCGCUCGCACAAAGCGGCUUGAACGUUACACGGAGUGGGACCCCUUCGACGUUCCACCUCCCAAGAAACCAGUCAGAGAAAUACGCCACUUUCAACAGGUUGCACGUGACAUCAUGUUUAUCCCAUGUCUCUUGUUACUGGGGAAUAUAUGUACCUUUGUACUUCUCAUUGUCACGUCCCACCUCGCAAAGCACUGGCUCGCGCCCGUGGCGUCGGUCACACACCGUGGCCCAGGAGAUACAACACCCGAGAUCAUAGAAGGCAUCCGGGAACACAGAACGUGUAAUCACUCGCGAUGUGGAGCUAUGGGCCACGCGCUCAUGUACAGUCUCAAUGACGCCAUAUCGCCUUGCACCAGCGUCUGGGAUCAUGCUUGCACUGGAUGGAUCAAAACGCCUGGACCGGUGUACCGUAAGGUGAUUCUAGGUGCCGCAAAUUUCUACGUCGAGGAUAUGUACAAGGACAUGAAGAAAACCCUCUUGACCAUGAAUGUGUCAACACGUACGCCCAACGCAAUGCAGAAGGCAUCUAUUUUCUACAGGAGGUGUGUUGGAGACAAGAUGACAAAUAAUGACAACAUGGGUGAACUGAGAACCGUGUUCGACGGAUAUUCUAUGAGAAAUUGGCCUCACAUAACAUUUGCUGAGGAUGUCAUCGACACUGUCCUAACCAGGCACCUACGUGAUACUCAAGAUAGUGCAAUUUUGACGAUAAGAACCGCGAACUAUGUUCCUCUAGAACCGAUUAUAGAAGCACCUUAUCCUGUCAGCAGGAGAGUCUUCCUUGCCUUGGAUUGCCCUUCGUUUCCCGUGCCUCAUUAUGUCUACACGCAGGCUAAAAUGCGCAAUAUGCGGGAUCGCUACUACACUUACAUGAGGGAAGCAAUCACCAGAUACUCUCCGAAUGUUACCAAUGCUACGCUACACAACAUAAUGGCAUUUGAGAUGAACCAGGCGUACGUGGUUCGCAAGCGCUGCUAUAGACGGCGCUUCAGGCGUCUAUCCGUCGGAACUUUGACUAGAGAAGUACCAGGGGUCGACUGGACGACGUUUCUCAAUGAGAUUAUUGGAUCUAGAUCAUCGUUCAAGGUCAAUAAGGGGACAGUGAUAUUAGUACGGUCGGUGAACUACCUUCGCUACGUGGCUAGUUUGAGGCAAGGACCCAAAAACGUGCGGGCUGUUAACUACAUCGGUUGGCGUUUGCUUCACCUUUUUGGGCGACACGCGUCCAGAGAGCUUCGUCAAUACGAAGACACUUUCAAAGAAGUCAUCCACACGCAGCAAGGGCAUGGACAGGAAUGUCUCAUGGUGGCCAACGACGUUAUGCCCAUUGCCGUCGGCAGAGUGUACGUGGAAAUGCACACUCGAAUCAAGACAUUCAUUAAGGUCAACACAAUGGUACGAAGUAUACUCUUCAGCUUCAAGCAUAUGCUCUCUGAAGCAUCUUGGAUUGUUAGUGGACAGCUCCACACUGUCUUUGCCCACAUUGACAGAAUCCGAACGAUGGUCAGCAUUCCACCUUGGAUUGCAAACGACACGCUCCUCGGAGAGUACUACAGUGAUCUGGUCCUCGAUCCUUACAAGAAUUCCUUCUUUGGGCUGCUGGUGAACAGCACUGCGCACAUCGCGCGGAAACGCUUUAUGGCCCUCGACAUCCAAGAAAGCAUUCUAUCUGGUACAGACGACGAGAGAAAGAAAGCUGGAGGAACGAGUGCCAUCAGCAUCACGCACCUGCACUCUUUCAUCUUUCCAGCCAAGAUAGUAGACCUGAAUCUGCACAGGUACAACCCGCGCCAAUCUCUCCUGUACGAUGUUGUGAACAACGUUAUUCUCCUACCGGCUGGCAUUCUGCAACCACCAUACUUCGAUCCGAACGUGCCACACGCUCUAAACUACGGCGGACUCGGUGUGCUUCUACUGCACGACAUUAUCACCGAAUUCUUCCGUUUCUACUUCGACAUUUUUAACAAUAAGUGGAGGUCAAAAGUGAAAUGCAUCAACGAUGUAGUAUACGGCGAUAGGGAAGACGCAAGCGGCGGUGUCGAAGGAGAACAGGACACGUUCACCGCUGCCUUCACUAUGAUGAUGGUGCGCCUUGCAUACAACGCAUACCACGACUACAUGGAUGUCGACGACGACGAUGUCCUCUCCAGCGUCUGGCCAGGGGUCAAUCCUGACCAAAUUUUCUUCCUCUCGGCAGUGAGGACUACGUGUUCCCUAACGCGCGACAAACACUGGGCGAAGCUCAUGAAGGGAGGUACGGUCGCGGCGAAUCGGUUACCGCUUCUAGAGAAGAUCAAGCUUGCACUUCAGGGCUUAGCAGAACUCCACGACGCGUUCCACUGUAGCAGGGAUAAAAAAGGCGAGUUCUACAUGUGCUUUGAAGAUGAUCCCGUAGUCGGCGAACUGAAACCCAUUUGA